ACAUGCUAUUAACGGAACUAUAGAUAAGAUAACGGGUAAAUUGAUGGCACGGUGGAAGAACUAAACCGGUGUACGACCGUGAAAUUGCAUUACGGUGCUUAGGAAGCAUACAGUCUUUUUGCAGACAGCUGAAGGUUUUGCAGACAGCUGAAGGUAGGAUGCAGCGCAGCAUCAUUCAGCUGACAGCUAGUUAGCUAGCUGGCUAAUAUUUGCUAACGCGUUGUCCAGCUAACGUUAGCGAACAGGCUAGUUAUACUGCCAUGCAUAAAAACAAAAUUUCUGUCAUGUAAUGUAUACAUGAAUAAAUAGUUUAUUGGAGGUGGUAUUUGAAUGAUUCUGCAUUACUUGAAUGCCGGUGGGUUAUCAGAACAGAAGGGACUGCGAACGGUAAUCCCGAGCUAGCAGACUAUUCAGAUCACUGCCUGGUUUACUGAAGACAGGGCAUCGAUUUUGGUAGUCUAAGUCAUGUGGUGGUCAUGGCCUCUGCUCCCUGCCCUGGUGCUCUUCUCUGUACUGUCUGUGGUCCAAGUACAGACAGCACCAUGCCAGACCUGCCGCAAGCUCACUGACAACUUCCUCAAGGGACUGGAGAAAACAUCCAACAAAAAUUUUGGUGGUGGCAACACUGCUUGGGAGGAGGAGAAGCUGGCAAAAUAUGCUCGCAGUGAAACCAGGCUGCUGGAGAUCGUGGAGGCAGCGUGUGAGAAGGCUGACUUUGACUGCAACAGACUCCUGGAGCAGAUCGAGGACCAGGUGGAGACGUGGUGGUUCCACAGGCAGCAGGAGGCACCAGACCUGUUCGAGUGGCUGUGUAUAGAGGAGCUCCAACUAUGUUGCCCUCCAGGACACUUUGGACCAGAAUGCAAAGAGUGUCGGUCCGGCCCCGGGGGAGUUUGUGGCGGUCUGGGCCGCUGUGAGGGAGAGGGCACGCGCCUCGGAGACGGAGAGUGCGUGUGUGACCCGGGGUACUUCGGGCCGCUGUGUCAGAGCUGCGCCGACGGCUACUACCGGGAGAAACGCUCUAAUCACAGUGCACCUGCCUGCGCAGCGUGCUACCACUCUUGUAAGAAGUGCACCGGGCCAGAGGAUGACAAAUGCUUGGACUGCAAACCCGGCUGGCUCCUUCACAACAAUAAGUGUGUUGACACGGACGAGUGUGGCACCGAGCUGGCCCGAUGUCCCUCUAACACCUACUGUCACAACACAGACGGAUCGUACGAGUGCAGAGGCUGUGACCAGGCAUGCGUGGGCUGCAUGGGCAGCGGUCCUGCCCGGUGUAAGAAGUGCGCCCGGGGAUACAAGCUCCGAGGAGCCAAAUGUCUUGAUGUGGAUGAGUGCAGCGAGCGGGCGAUAGCGUGCCCGGGGCUGAACGAGGCGUGUUUCAACGAGGAGGGGUCCUUCCGCUGUGAGUGUGCCGACGGCUUCGUCCGCCGGGACAGCAUCUGUGUGGAGAACCAGCCGCUAAGCGGUCCAGAGAAGGGUCUGUUCGACGACAUGACGGACGAUGAGGUCCUGGUCCUGCAGCAGAUGUUCUUCGGCGUGGUCAUCUGUGCCCUGGCGACGCUCGCUGCCAAGGGCGACAUGGUCUUCACCGCCAUCUUCAUCGGGGGCGUGGCCGCCAUGGCCGGAUACUGGCUGUCGGAAAAGGGCGACCGUGUGCUGGACGGCUUCCUGAAGGGACGCUAGCCUGUCGGGAGGCAGGGAUACGGGAAAGGGGCAGGAGCUCCUUGAAUGCUGAGCCAACGAGGGUGGCAAAGGGGAGAAACGGCUACAGGAAUGCUAGCCACCAAUCAGGGAUGUAACAUACUGCUGGGGGGAGGGGCCUAUACUGAAUAUAAACUGGCCGGGUACUAGUUGAUUUAAGAACCCUGAAAAAGACACUGAGGACAUUGGAGUGUCUGUCUGCA